AUGCGCACUCCCUCCAUCUACAGCCAGGACGACCCGAUCUCGGCGGCUCUCCAGCCAGCCUCAGAUGAGACAGAGACCGAGCGCAAAGCCCGUCUCGAGCAGGAGGCAGAGGCAAAGCGAAUCUCAGAGGAAAUCGACGAAGAGCUUCGUUUGGAAAGGGAAAGGAUUAAACGCUCCAAGGGCGACGUGAAGCUUCUGCUUCUGGGACAAGCCGAAUCUGGAAAAUCUACUCUGCAAAAGCAAUUCCAGCUCAUGUACAAACCACAUACUUUGGAACAAGAACGCGCUUCCUGGCGGACUGUCGUCUACUUCAACGUUGUGCACUCAAUAAAGCAUAUAUUAAACGUCCUCGAAGCCUGGGAUGACGGGUUGGAGGAUGAGAUAGCAGACAUGGACGACUCUGCCUCAAUUGCGCCUUUCACCUCUCGUCACAUCAUCACUAUGUCGGAACAGCCGUCGCCGUCAACAUCAUUAACGAGUUCUCCGCACACGGCCACCAAUGGUUUACCUUCGUCUCCGCCAAGAAGCGAGGCUAUCGAGGAAGCUGCUCGAGUACAAAACGGCGCCGUUCCCAUCGCCCCCAUUCGACGGCGCUUGACCUCUCUUGUCGCCGCUGACAAGCAACUGGCCGAUCGGCUAAGCGGAGGCAUUACUGUUUCGGGGUCCGGUAAAGGUGGAGUCUUCGUCCGCAGUGGAUGGCAGGCUCGGGCUAUCGAGAACGCGCUGGGUCGCGUCAAACGAAACAAGCGUACUUCGACAGACGCGGACACUAAACCCAGUAGGGAAAGUAUAUCUACAUCAGAGAACGCCGACGAUGCCUUAGUGCAAGAAGUGGGACGUUUACUCGAAAGCAGCAAGGAAGACAUCCAGAUACUUUGGAGCCAUCCUACUGUCAAAGCUUUGAUGACAAAACGGAAGCUAAAGUUGGAUGAAUGGUCUGAGUUCUUCUUGAGUCACAUCACCCGUGUGGCAGCGCCCGAUUACAUUCCAACAACAGAUGAUAUUUUACACGCUCGAAUACAAACCAUGGGCGUUGCAGAACAUGUAUUUGAUGUGAACAUUCACGGUAAAUCCGUGGCAUGGCACUUAUACGACGUUGGUGGUGCUCGUGGGCAACGACACACAUGGGUACCGUACUUUGACGACGCCAAUGCCAUCAUAUUCGUGGCUCCAGUCAGUGCCUUUGACCAGUACCUGGAGGAAGAUCCUCGUACGAAUCGAAUUGAUGAUUCUCUGCAACUGUUCACGCAAAUCUGCUCCAACGCGUUGUUGAAGAACGUUCAUCUGGUUCUCUUCCUUAACAAGACAGAUUUACUGAAGAACAAAAUUGAUGCGGGCGUGAGAGUCCGCAAAUACAUUACCUCGUUCGGAGAGCGGUCAAACGACUACGAAACAGUUAUUCAGUACUUCCGCGCUCACUUUUUGCAAGUCCACCGGAGGAACAAUGAGAAUCGUAGAGUAUUGUACACGCAUUUCACCAGUGUUGUGGAUACCAAGACGACUCAACGAAUCAUUGGGAACGUCCGUGACUCCAUAUUCCGCGGCUACCUUCAAUCUGCAGCACUCGUGUAA